GACUUUUCACCACCGACACCCACUAAGAUGAACACGACAUGUCAUCAGAACCUGUUCGUAUCGUGGAUGCACUAGUUUGAUAUCAGGCGAGAGUGGAAAAGCACUUCAUUCGCACUGUGUCGACAGCCUGCUCGCUAGCCGCACCAGCCUUUGUUUCAUUCACUGCCUAAUGAAUAAUAAAUCAGACAGGCCGGGCGGGGAAGAAAACGAUCAAACGCCCAAUGCUGACAGAAACUGUCCACUUUUUGCACGUCUAUGGAAAAAACUAAAGUUGAGACAUCGAUAAACAUGGCCACAAGCUGUUUUGAAGGCUGAUUUUGUCAUAAUUCAGCGGAUAGUCUGCGCUGCGAGUCGCUGUCCCUGCAGUGCGCAUGCGCGAGCCGUCAGCAGGUCAGAGGACUAAAAGCACGAGGGCGCAGUCCUAUGCUUCAGUGGUGGAAGCCGUUGGGCCAGAGAAGGUGGAUCGUCACCUCCCGAGCGUCAACCUGCUUUUAUCUACCUCAUACUUCACCUCGGCCUGUCCACUUGUGCUGCAGUUGCUGUGUUGGUGUUGGUGUGGUGUGUGUGGUGCUAACACCAGGGUGAGUGUGGUGCUUGUCAGCAGGCGGAGGCACGAAAGCCAGUGGAGACUUCGCUAUGGAGCGCCUCCUGUGUCUCGAGUCGGGGGUUGUGAACCGAGCAUACGAAGAUCCCGUAUUGCUCAAAGACAACCGUGUUCUACAGAACUUGCUGUCCACGGAGGAUAGAUAUGUGCCGACGACAUGCUACUUCAAGUGUGUGCAGAAGGACAUUCGUCCCUACAUGCGCAAGAUGGUCUCAGACUGGAUGGCAGAGGUCUGCGCCGAGCAGAACAUGGAGGAGGAGGUGUUUCCACUGGCUAUGAACUAUCUGGACAGAUUUUUGUGUGUGCAAAGUAUUGACCGCAAUCGUCUUCAGUGCCUGGGGGCGGCCUGCAUGUUCCUUGCCUCCAAACUGAAGGAAACCUACCCGAUCAUGGCAGAGCAACUGGUGAUGUACACUGACAACUCCAUCACCCAGUCGGACUUGAGGGACAUGGAGUCACAGAUCCUACACGUGCUGAGGUGGGACCUGUCGGCCGUCACGCCCCAUGACUUUCUCGUGCAGAUCACCAGUCGCCUGCCGCUGGACCGGGCGCACGUGCACACUGUCAAAAAGCACGCGCAGACUUUCAUGGCCCUCUGUGCUACAGACUGCAAGUUUAUGCUGUUCCCCCCAUCAAUGAUUGCUGCUGGCUGCAUAGGGGCUGCAAUCCGAGGCUUGCUGGGCUCUUCCUAUGAUGGGUCGCUGACAGAACGUCUGCACAAGAUCACAGGGAUAGAAAUAGACUGCCUGCGGGGUUGCCAGGAACUCAUAGAACAGUUGGUGACAAGCAGUCUGUCCAGCCUGAAUCAGAGCACAUCCUUGGACUCCAAGUCGGACACAAUGACAGAGCAGGCAACUACACCAACAGAUGUGAGAGACAUCAACCUUGCGGUGGUGGAUGAAGAGAACAGUCAUCUGCUUCUCUGAACCAGCCAGACGUGCAGCCACUCUCCUUACCAAAAGAGAGCCACACACUUGUGGCUGUUGGUGUAUUUUUCCAUUACAUUAAUUGCCUCUCAGUCUUUGGGAACUGAUAAAGACUACUUUAGCCACAUCACCCUGAUGUGACAGGAAAAUCAGACUGUCGCCUAAUCAGAGGACAGUCCAUUUCUGCCAAGAGGACAACAGUGGAAAUCUACAUUUGCAACACCCGUCAAAAGCUUAGGUGAUACAUAGUAAUUACCAGCCAUGAAUUGAAAUGAAUUAUAACAAAAGCUUUUGGUGAAAUUGGACACUUCCUUUUUCUCAAGUGGUAGUUCUAAAAAUAAAUCAACACCCUUUGAGUAACUCGCCUACACUGAAAAAACUUUGAGGAGAGAACACUUGCUGGCCAAAAAAGUAAUACAGGCCAAGAGAUGGUGGUUUGUUAGUUACUAGUACCACACCAUAGAUCAUCUGCCUUUUGUGUGUGUUCUCCAAGACAGAAGAUGUUUGUAAGAUGUGAUGGAUGAGGUCUGGCCAUUGCCACAAAUUUCAAACCAAAUGAUACGGAGCACAGAGGGAACUGAAGAAGAUGCUGUUACUUGCAAGUGCUGAUGUAUAGGUCUACUCCCCACAGUGAUCAUAAAGUAGAACCAGAUCCUAGUCUACUGUCCAUAAUCUCUUACAACCUUAUUAAAAGAAAAUCUGUUGAGAGGGUUAAAGGACUGGUCAUGAGGCUAUCACAAGAUGGCUGUCGGUGUUGACUGCACGUAUAGCUUGUGGUUGUUAAUUAUAGCUGAGAGUUAAUGUGUGGAAGUUCGGCGAGUGACAGUAUGGUCAUAUAGAUGUGGAAAUCAACUUUUAAUGACUGAAACCUGUUUGACAGUAAACACAUUGUCAAGGAUGGAUGCGAGAUUGAAAUUUAGUUCUUAUUCCUCCACAUUAUUUUAAAACAAGUUUGUGCGUAAGGUUUGCACUACACUUUUUAAAAAAAAAACAAAAAAAAAAACUUACAGAAUGUAUUACUUGAGCAUUGUCAAUAACCUGAUUGGUUCGAUCACCAAUUUUUGCAACCAGUAGCUAGACUUGAAAAGAUGUUACGAUGUUUUGGUGCCUGUAUUUUUUUUUUCCUUGGUUUGGUGGUGGAGGAGGGAAAUGGAUGAGGGUUGGGAUGUCUUUGUGGUGAACAUUUUAAGCUCUUCAUGUGUGGAAAUCUUCAGGUAUUGAAACAAUGAAGGUGGCAGGAGACUAAGAUAGACUCGACCAAAGCAGGUAAAAACUGCUGCAGAUGAAUUAUCAUGUGGCACAAACAAGAAAGGACAAAAUGAACAUUGUACUCUUAAAACUGUGUUGGAUUGUGUGACAGAGGCUUGUAUGUGAACGUGACACAUCUUGUGUAAUAUCAAUAAGAGUGUCAUGGCUAUUAUAACUUUGUGAUAAGGACAAAACAAGACUUCUGUGAUGUGUGUCUCUUCUAUUGAGGAGGCCAUUUUUGGCCAUUUUUCAAAAACAAAAAAAUGUGUUCAAUAUGAAGCAAGUGACUAUGUUGAAAGGGACUAGCUUUCUGUGUAUAUAGUAUUUUCAUUAAUGUUCGAGGCCGAAAUAACUAUUGCUUACUUUCAUUAAGGUGCAAUGAUAUGAAGUAACGGUAUCAUUGCACAUUCUGAUUGUGUGCAAAUUAAUGAAAGUUUAUACUUUGAGGUUCUGAGACGACGAAGUUUUCUUUUACACGUUUAUGACAUUUUAAAAUGUCAGUUUAUCAACAUUGGAAUACAUGUGUAAAAUAUUUGAUAACUGUGAGAGCACGCAUUGCUGCCUUGUCCCACCGAUUGCACUGUAGACUGGCCGCACCCAUCCAGGCCACCUUCUCCAGUCACCUCCCAACUCUAGUUCGUGUAACCAUGAAAUCUUGUUCAUCUAUUUCGUCUUUGCAUUUUUACUUCAUUCUUCAGCAUAUCCGUUUCAUUUUCUAACUUAGCCUGAGACCUUUGUUGGUACUCAACUUAGCACCAGCCUGUGUCAUUGGGUUACAGUGCUAGAGUGGUGUGGAGGGGGUAUUUUGCGGGUGGGGAGGGGGUAGGUGAGGUUGACCAUGACCGGGCUGACCCUGCUUGUGACCUUGCAAAGCCUACAAGUGUUUAUCACUGUUGUCCGAUGCUACAUACCACGCUUGCCCACUUGUACAAGGUUCACACCUGUCCGUGCGCUGUCCACUCUACCUCUGUAUGCCCCACGUGCUUGCCCUCUGACUAGCCACGUGACUGAAGUAACCUUUUCUGAACUUGUUACACGCUUAGGCCAGGGAUCGCCACAGUGAACGCAUAACAACCGCUUGUAGUGUUGGCAGCAAGGAUCAAGUGUAAUGACUCAGUAUUUUUUACCUGUAGUAUCAUAAAUUAUUCUGGUUGAAAGGAGAGUUGACACGACAGUUGUGUACUGUGUUAAUGAUGUAUUUCAAGAACCACUUAUGUAUACAUGUACCUUGCCGCUUGCUUGGAAGGGGCGGAGGGAAUCAGAGGUAUUUCUGUUUCCACGCCCCUCUGUCCAGUUGACUUUUUCUACAUAGGGCGCCAUAUUUUCACGCCGACAUUUUGUCAUGUGUUCAGAUAAAUUUCUGUCGUGUCUUUUUUCACUGCAGUCCUUCUGUGUUUCCUAACAGUUCACUCUUGGAUGACCUUGCGGAACACGUGCGUGCACUUUUGCAGAUGGCAUCAGCUGAGUCACAUGUCUGACGCCCUGAUCACGUGCCAGCUGUGUCAGUCGCGCUGACGCACCUUCUGGCUGGUCUGGCUGCACUUGUGUCUGCCGUCAGCAGCUGUAACGUGUGCAGCCUUCCAUGGUGCAGCUGUUGUGAGAGUUUGUGUGUGUGUGAUGAUGAAUCAUGUGGACGUGCAGAAAAAUGCAACGAGCUGUCGGUUUGUUGACGGCACUGGAAUGUUCAUUUUUAAAGCGACUAACUGCCGGCGAGCAGAAUGCCAGAUGAAGGUUUUAGGUGAUAGACGACUGUGUGCCUGUGUUAUAAGCCACAGCACGUGCCCCCCGCGACACAGAUAAUCUAAAAUGUCAUUUACCUCAGACCUCUACGUGUAUAGUGCUAGCUAAGGACGUUCUGACACGUAUGCCUUGUAUAUUUGUGUAGAGUGCCUCCAGAUUUCUUUCCAUUUUUGACAGAAAAUCAAGUCGAAGUUUGUGGAAGACGUGUCUUUCAGGCAGGGUCAGAAUGUUGUCUGUGAUACAAAAGCCGGAGGAAUAGACUAAACGGGUGCAUCAGGCGGACAGACUGACGUUUCAAUAUCACGGAGCUUGCGGUGAUUGCUGUUCAGCAUCUAUGUGUCUGUAUUGGUGGUGUCACCUAGCAGCCUGAUGAAGAGACUAUAUUGAGCUGGGAGUACUUUUUACGACCUUUAUGUAACCAAUAUUUGAUGGACGAAAGAAAGUGAUGGAGCGGCGAACCCUCGUCAGUCGUUGUAGUCGAGUUCAGCGACCGUGACGACGGGAAGUCGUUUGUGUGAGAUGUUUGGUGACUAGUGUUUGCUCGACAUUAAAGAAAGAUUUUGUUAAUUGAUGAAAUGUUAUUAACGCGUUUAAAUGGUGUGGAUCUCGAGAUGCGAGGCUCGGACUUACCGACCAAUGAAAAACGUCGAUGCCUUUGUGGCGCGCUGUGACGUCACACUCGUCUGUCAGCAAGACGGGGAGUCCCGUGACACCAGAUGCGCCGUUAGCCAUGCAUUUUGGAGAUUUUUGAUUUUGAAAGAUAGCUGCUUGCUGUUGCUACUCUUGUUGCCCUUCUCGUAGCCUCUCGUGUCCAGUCGACGAUGCACACAAUGUGUUUACGACGACGACCGUUGCUGUGGGCUUUGUUGAGGAGCUGUUAAGUAACUAGCGGCUAUCUUUCGGAAGCCAAUAUGGAAUUAUGUUUGUACAGUUUCAUGUACAUAAUAAAUUUAAAGUACGCAAAUAAAAUUUGAAUGUUUACAGAA